AUGGGUUUUGUUCCCAAAAAUAAUGAAGUUUGGGGUGCAUACACUGAGAAUUCGAUUACAUAUGUAGGCACAAACUUCGUUGGGAAUGUUACUUCCACUGCUGAAUUCCAUGUAUUUGAAUAUAUAAUUUUCUCUUAUUCCUCGAAUGGUACUGUCGACUACUGUGGAUCUAGCUCUACUGUUUGUCGUUUUGUAGGAUAUCACAAUUACAAUCUUCCAAGAGAUCGUUAUUGCUUCAUUGUCGUAAAUCCAAACGAUGUAGACUAUUACAUAGUGAUAGUAUAUUCUUUCGGAGGUUCCGGAACAAAUGCUUUUGGCUCCAGUACUUGUCGUAGCAUCGAUAAAUCUGCAGACUUGCCUAAGAAAACCAUUCCGCUCGCGAUUUUAGUACGAAAAUACCCCACGAUAAGAUUGCUGAUAGGCUCUCACAAUAUCAGAAGUAAUUAUAAGAAAAAAUCUCAAGAAUAA